AUGGCCAAGGAGGCUCUGGCACCAAAUCAGGUUUGCCCUUGGCACCGCAUUGAGGAGGCCUGUGCUCUUGGAGUCUUUGGGGAGAUUUUCGAGGGGCUUGGUCGAGCAUGCGAGGCAAUCGGCUCGGUGCUGUGUACUGUACCGCUGUAG